UGUGAAGCAGAGACACAGAGAGGAGCUCAGCACUGCAAUCAGUCUGCACUCACUGCAUUACAAGGCACUCACACUAGCUGAGUGAACUCACAUUGCUCUGGAUUGUGGCUGUGGAUGUGGUUUGAAGGGCUCUGUCUUCUCCUGGAUUCUGGAUCCCAACAUGGAUUGAAAAAGUUCUGCAGCUAAACUUUGUCUGUGGAUCUGUUACAGUUUGCUGCCUCCCUGCUGCCCUGGGGGGUUGGAUUGGGGGCUUUAUUUAUUAUGGAGUUUGCCUGACCCCAGCCCAUUGGGGAGAUCCACACAUUAAAGGAGUCACACGGGGAUUGGGGGCUCUCACUAGCUUUUCAGGGAUAUUGCUUGGACCUCUGCGGAUGUUACUGGGAAACAUGAACUUUCUGCUCGCUUGGAUCCACUGGGGCUUGGCCGUUCUGCUGUCUCUCAGUACUGUGCAGUUGUCACGGACGGCUCCCACACCAGGAGACGCUAAGCCCACAGAAGUGGUCCCAUUUAUGAAGGUGUUCCAGCAAAGUAUCUGUCAGGUGCGAGAGACCAUGGUGGAUAUAUAUCAGGAGUAUCCAGAUGAAGUGGAAUACAUAUUCAAACCAUCCUGCGUGCUCCUGAAGAGGUGUUCGGGCUGCUGCAAUGAUGAAACACUGGAGUGUGUUCCAGCAGAGACCUACAACACCACCAUGCAGAUAAUGAGUAUUAAACCUCACAAAAUGCAGCACAUAAUCGAUAAAAGCUUUCAGCAGCACAGCCGGUGCGAAUGCAGAUUAAAGAAAGAAGUGCUAACGAAUCAGGAAAAUACAGGGGUACAAUGCGUGGUCACUUGUACCAGAAGGAGCAGAGGAAGAUCCCAUCGAAAAAAGACAAAAGCAUUAGAAGAAAAUGUCUUUAGUAACAUCCGUUACCUGCGUCUGUGACAAGGUGACCACACGACAAUACAGCUGUAUGUACUGAGUAAAGAUAUUUUGGUCCGAUUCCAGAAGAAUUCUCUGGAGCAAUUCCAGUACAUUUAGCUGUUGCUUUUUUCCACCAGCACCCCUUACAGAUCCUCCUUAAUUCUCGUAUUCUCUGCUUGGGCUGUGAUUAUCUUGCUGCCUGGCACAAUAUGAAGGGUUAAUAACACAUGUUCUUCUAUUUACAAAUAGCCAAAACAAUGCCGAGGGCCCCCACUCUCAGAGCUCUGACGUCCAGCCACUGCCUCCCUGCAGCAGCCAAUCAGAAGCCGGGAUCCGGGCACAGCCAGCCGAGCAGUUUCCAGUGCAGAGGAUAUGCCGAUGGAGCUGAGUCUGCCAUUGGUUGGCUAGGGUGGCAGCAUUGUCUUGGAAUGUAUAUAUCAUUGUUCUGCCUUCUCCUCCUUCUCAGGGAAUGUUGCCAAACCCAAGGGACAUUCUGAAUGGGCAGCCUGUUUUGCUCUGCCAGCUUCUCAGGAGAUGCACAAUGCCACGGGGGAAUUCUCCUGCUAUCUGUUCAUACAUUCUCUCUGCUUUCAUCAGCCUUCCUGGAUGAGCUGGACAUGGAGGGCUGACCCAAUACUGACAUAGCGAGGCCGCUGUUAACCUCUCGUGAGCUGGAGAGGAAGGCAACACGUCGCAGUGACUCCACAGAAUAUUAGUGAAAACUAAGCAGACCGUGACCAAUAAUAGCCUCAUUUUGAGAUCUAAACUUUUGGCUCAACAGUCGUCAUGAACUUCUUCUCUCACGAUGUAAUCAGUACAGCCAUAGCGUCAUAGUUUUGCCGGGUCUGCGCAAAUUUUAAUCCUACCCACUUUAUACACCAAUUGGGUAAUCAAAGAUUUCUGUAUUUUCAGAACUGUGGCAUUGUAU